AUGCGAGGCUCCAACCUCCUCCCGAAACAACUGCGCUCCCUGGGCAAAAGCGACAGCUGGCUAAAUCGCACUGUCACUUCCAACCUCCUUGCUAUCUCCAAUUUGGCCUACCAGCACCCGAUCCACACCGUUGUUGCUAUUGCUUUGUUUGCAAGUACCUCGUACGUCGGUCUGCUGCAAGAGAGCUUGUUCGACAGUGGCAUCAAAUCUCUGCAGCAUAAUGGAAGAGUAGAUGUGGAAGCGUUAUUGCAAGGAAGCAGGACAUUGGAAUUGUCCGAGCGGACCGCGUGGAAAUGGCAGUUCCCUGACGAUUCCAGUGUUCCCCUUGGGCCUUUGGGCUCCAACCAUUAUGCCUUGACGACCUUCGUGUUCCCUCAUUCUUCCUCGUCUCACUUGGCUCCCGAAGCCAAUGCUAUUCCUGUACCAUCAAAUGUCUCGGCCGCCAGCAUCCCGACCACUUCAAACUUGCUCUCACCUAUAUCUCACGACACGUCUCUUGCCUUCUACACCUCCUUCUCGGAGCUUCCUGAUUUCCUGCGCGCCGUCCAGGAGCUCCCUGCCCAACAUGCGGCGUCAGACGAUCAAAGCCACCCGUCUUGGACCAUGAAAGCUGUUCGCCUGAAUGGAAAUGGCCCACGUGGUGCCUACCGAACAUGGCUGAGUGAAGGGUGGAGCUCUUUUGUCGAUCUACUGAAACAUGCCGAAACCCUGGACAUUAUCAUCAUGUCGCUUGGUUACUUGUCGAUGCACCUCACCUUUAUAUCCCUUUUCCUGUCGAUGAAACGCCUCGGUUCGAAUGCCUGGCUGGCGAUAUCGGUCUUGUUAUCCAGCCUUUUUGCAUUUCUGUUCGGGUUGGUGACCACAACUAAACUUGGAGUGUCAAUUAACAUGGUUCUAUUGUCUGAAGGCUUGCCGUUUCUGGUGGUCACAAUCGGGUUUGAAAAGUCCAUUAUCCUCACCAAGGCCGUUUUAUCUGCGUCUUACGAUACGAACCGGCGCGGGCUGGAGAACGGAUCCGCGAACGGCAGACCUAGUGGCCCGGUAUCUGCCCCAAACGCCCCGAACUCCAUUCAAGAUGCUAUUCAGAUCGCCGUGAAGGAAACAGGGUUCGAGAUUGUCCGGGACUACGCCAUUGAAAUAGCAAUUCUAAUCUUGGGUGCGGCCUCGGGGAUCCAAGGUGGCCUCAGACAGUUCUGCUUCUUGGCCGCAUGGAUCUUGGUCUUUGACUGUCUUCUGCUUUUUACUUUCUAUACGACCAUCCUCUGCAUCAAACUGGAAAUCAAUCGCAUUAAACGACACAUUGCCCUCCGCAAAGCACUGGAGGAAGAUGGAAUAAAUCAACGUGUCGCCGAAGAUGUUGCCACAAACAAUGACUGGCCCAGCGGACAGUCAAAUCAAGCAGGUGCAUUCAACAUUUUUGGGCAGAAGAUCAAGGCCAGCAGCGUGCCCAAGUUCAAAAUCUGGAUGGUUACUGGGUUUGUCAUUAUCAACGUGAUCAAUCUGUGCACAAUACCUUUCCGAACCGCCCGAAGCAUCAAGGCCCCUGGGGCUGCCAUGCCAAGCGUUUUGACACCCGCUCCUAUUGACCCUUUCAAAGUGGCGGAAAAUGGCCUGGACGCGAUAUACGUGGCUUGCAAAAGUCAAAAGCUCGAUACCUAUGUCACUGUUCUACCGCCAAUUAAAUACGACUUCGACAAUCCUACGAUUCAUCACUCUGAAUCGCCAGAUGAUAUCGGGUUCUUUGAUUACGAGUACACGGACCAGUUCCUCAACGUGGUCGGUGGAAGGGUGAUUGAAGGGGUUCUCAGCAGUCUUGAAGACCCCGUACUUAGCAAAUGGGUUUUGAUUGCUCUCACUCUCAGUUUGAUCCUGAACGGAUAUCUGUUCAACGCCGCCCGCUGGAGUCUCAAGGAACCGCAGUCUGCGACAAGCUCACCAGCAGCUUUCAAACCGCCACAACUCGAGCUGCCUCUGACGCCAAGGCCUCGAAAAGUCAGCCUUGAUAUUCUGCGCCACUCAGGGAGCAACUCGGGGAGGUCACAAGCAGAGUGCGAGCAGAUGCUCAAAGACAAGAAAGCCGCCUAUUUGAUGGACGAGGAGCUAAUUGACUUGUCCCUGAGAGGCAAGAUUCCGGGUUAUGCCAUCGAGAAGACACUGGAAAACCCGGAAGUCAUGACCAGAGGUGAAGCAUUCAUUCGAGCGGUCAAGAUCCGCAGAGCAGUCGUGUCGCGGACGCGGGCGACAAAGAAUUUUGCGUCUGCUCUGGAGACCUCCAAGACUCCCUACAGGGACUUUAACUACGAGCUCGUUCAUGGCGCAUGCUGUGAAAAUGUCAUUGGUUACCUGCCUUUGCCCCUGGGGGUUGCUGGUCCGUUGAUCAUAGACGGGGAGAGCUACUUUUUGCCAAUGGCCACUACUGAAGGUGUGCUUGUGGCAAGCACGAGUCGAGGGUGCAAAGCCAUCAAUGCUGGUGGCGGUGCCGUCACCGUGGUUACCGGCGAUGGAAUGACUCGAGGCCCAUGUGUUGGCUUUCCCACUUUGGCUCGAGCUGGUGAAGCAAAGGUGUGGCUUGACUCGGAAGAGGGCCAGCGGAGAAUGCGCGAAGCGUUCAAUUCUACCAGCCGAUUUGCUCGGUUGCAGUCAAUGAAGACGGCUUUGGCGGGAACGUAUCUUUACAUCAGAUUUAAGACGACGACCGGGGAUGCCAUGGGCAUGAACAUGAUUUCUAAAGGCGUCGAAAAGGCUCUUUCAGUGAUGGCCACUGAGUGCGGGUUUGAUGACAUGGCGACGAUAUCCGUGUCUGGGAACUUCUGCACCGACAAGAAACCCGCAGCGGUAAAUUGGAUUGACGGAAGGGGGAAAUCCGUGGUUGCAGAAGCCAUCAUUCCAGGAGAUGUGGUACGCAAUGUUCUCAAGAGCGAUGUGAAUGCGCUGGUGGAACUCAACGUGGCCAAAAAUCUGAUCGGCAGUGCAAUGGCGGGCAGUAUUGGAGGCUUCAAUGCUCACGCCUCGAACAUUGUGACCGCCAUGUUCUUGGCCACGGGCCAAGACCCGGCGCAAAACGUCGAAAGCGCCAACUGCAUCACGAUAAUGAAGAACAACAACGGAAACCUCCAAAUUAGUGUGUCAAUGCCUUCGAUUGAGGUUGGCACAAUCGGUGGAGGAACCAUUCUCGAAGCACAAUCCUCAAUGCUCGAAAUGCUCGGAGUGCGAGGAGCCCAUCCAACAAACCCGGGCGACAAUGCUCGCAAAUUGGCCAGAAUCAUUGCAGCCGGUGUUCUCGCUGGGGAGCUCAGUCUCUGCAGCGCCCUUGCGGCAGGCCAUUUGGUCAAGGCACAUAUGGCACACAAUCGCAGCACGGUGCCCACGAGGGCAACGACGCCCGUGUCAGCUGCAGUUGAGCCUUUUCUUCGCGCGCAAAACGGACCAACCAUACCUUCCUCCCUUAAAAUGACGAAUGGAAGAUGA